AUGGCUCACAUCGAUGUGAUUCCCUGCAAGAUCUGCGGGGACAAAUCCUCCGGGAUCCACUACGGGGUCAUCACCUGCGAGGGCUGCAAGGGUUUCUUCCGGCGCAGCGAGCGGCGCGGGCCGAGCCUGGCGUGCAGCCGCGGGCAGCGCUGCGACAUCGACCGCGCCACCCGCACGCGCUGCCAGCACUGCCGCCUGCAGAAGUGCCUGAGCCUCGGCAUGUCCCGCCACGCCGUCAAGUUCGGCCGCAUGUCCAAGCAGCAGCGGGACCGGCUCCAGGCCGAGGUGCUGGAACAGCUGCGAAAGCGGGAACAGCUGGAACCGCUGGAAAACCGGGAACAGCUGGAACCGCUGGAAAACCGGGAACAGCUGGAACAGCGGGAACAGCCGGAAACACGGGAAAAACGGGAAAAACGGGAGGAGCAGGGUCCCCCGGAGCCCCCCCCGGCGGGGCGCUGUCCCCCGCUGUCCCCCGCUGUCCCCGCGACGUGUCCCAGCCCGGCGUGGCCCGCGGAGGAGGCGACAACGCGGGGACAGGACGGGGACAGGGCGGGGACAGCGGGGACAGCGCCAGCCCCUCACCCCGGUACCGGCGGCGUCCCGGAGUCACCCGCGGGGCUGGAGAUCGAGCUGCUGACGCAGAGUGUCCUGCUGUCACACCGUGCCACGUGCCACCCCCGCGCCGAGGAGCUGCAGGGCCACCGCUGGGCCACCUUCACCCGCGAGGAGAUCUGCGCCUACCAGAGCCAGGUGCGGGGUGGGCAGGGGACACGGCUGUCCCCAGGGGUGGCACAGGGGUGACGGCCGGUCCCACAGCCCAUGGCGGAGAUGUGGCAGCUCUGUGCCCGCCGUGUCACCGAGGCCAUCGAGCGCGUGGUGGAGUUCGCCAAGCGCCUGCGCGGCUUCCUGGAGCUCAGCCAGCACGACCAGAUCGUCCUGCUCAAGGCGGGUGCCAUGGAGGUUGUCCUGGUCCGGAUGUCCCGCGCCUUCGACGCCGCCACCCGCUCCGUCCUGUUCGAGGGCAAACUGGCCGGGCCCGAGCUCUUCCGCUCGCUGGGGUGCCCCGAGCUCGUCGCGUCCGUCUUCGACUUCGCGCAGAGCCUGAGCUCGCUGCGCUGCUCCGAGAGCGAGCUGGCCCUGCUGAGCGCGCUGCUGCUCGUCAACGCCGGCCGGCCGUGGCUGCAGGACAGGCCGAGGGUGGCCCGGCUCCAGGGACAUCUGGAUGUCGCCUUCCGGCUCCUGCUGCCCCGCCCCCUCCGCGAGGGGCUCCUGGCCAGGCUGCCCGCCCCGGGCCGGCUCCGCGCUCUGUGCUCGCAGCACCUGGAGCAGGUCCGGGCGUUCCGCCGCCUCCACCCCGGGGGGGUCUCCGCCGCCUUCCCCCCGCUCUACCGGGAGCUCUUCGCCCCCGACCCCGCCGAGGGCCCCGCGGGGACCCGCUGA